AUGUACUAUAUGCAGGCUGUAGGCAUUUUCUCCGUGGUACUUUGUGCCAUUAUAUGCAUUACCCAUAUUUCGUCUGUCGUGUGUUUUGACAAGAUAUCAGAUCUUCAGAUCCCCACGCAUGAGAAAUACCUGUACACCUGUGGUGAUAAAGGAUUGUCGCUUGGGAAGGUCACCAAGGAGCAAGAACAGCAAAACAUCAUCUCUCUCAUUGAGUGUCUAGGCAAUGGAGGAAUACAAAAAAUAGCACCAAAAAUGAAACAAGAAAAAGCGAAUAAAUUCAGGGAGGUGUUACGUCAGAUGAAAACAGGUCACUGGAGACUGAGGCGACAAGUAUCGAAUGAAGUACAGCCACGGAAGGAAGUCAGGAUGCUUUCACCCGCGGAGUGGCAAAUUCUGAAAAUUCGAUUGAAUUCAGUGAGGGAGAGUGGUUUUUACCAGACCAUUGUGGAUUUCUUCUCUGAUGAAAGUAUUGCCGGAACCAAUGGCGGACCUGCCUUCCUGGGUUGGCACCGCGUCGCUUUAUUAUGGUUGGAGUUUUACCUCCAUGUACCGAUUCCCUACUGGGACUGUACAUUGGAUUUCCAUAUAACAGACCCAACAAAAUCGAUUUUAUGGACGAAAGAAUAUUUCGGAAAUGGAGAAGGAACUGUAAGAGUUGGUCCAUUUAUGAAUUUUACUGAAUCGGAUGGAACUCCAAUAACAAGGCGAAUAGGACAAGCUGGCUCAUUGAUCGCUCGUGAAAACGUCGACUCGUUGAUGACAAGGAAAAGCAACAGAGAGCUUGUGUACACGACCAACAUUGCUUUAGAGGAGUAUCACAAUGGUGUUCAGGCGUGGGUGGGAGGCAGCAUGUCGGGGCUUCUGACAGCUCCUUCUGAUCCUAUCUACUUCUUCCAUCAGUGCUAUAUAGAUAAAUUAUGGGAAGAUGUUCGUCAGAAUAUGAAAGCCGCGGAAGAUUAUCCGUUUGAUCCUGCUAUCACUAAUCCGCUACAGAAUCCAGAAUAUGUUCUGGCCAAGUUUCCUUUCGAUAGCCGAUACCCUCUAGCGAACAGUGAUUCCUACACCAGACAUGUAUCUGCUCGUGCUCAUUAUAGUUCGUCUCCAGCCCAGGCAACACAGGCUUGGGAGUGCAAGAAUCCUGUGUUGAAACGUAAGCACGUGCUGGUAUGGGACACGGAUCGACAAUACUGUGUGACAGGACAAGGAAGCGAGAAAGAUUUCCAUAUCAUUCCGGACUUACACACCAGUGCUAAGAUAGUAGUGUCUACAUUAAAUUCACCUAUGAAUUUCCCACUUGAUUCGCCGUUCAAUUCUCCACUCCCUAAAAAACCAAAAAUAAAAUAUGUAGCACCAUUAAAAGAUAUUCGCGCAAUAUAUCGCGCUGGCAACUCCAUGAAGAAAAUGAAAGAAGCACCAAAAAUAAUAUCUUCUGUUCUGGAAGCACUUUCAUCGCGACUUAAAAAUGAUGAACUUGAUCGAGUCAAAAGCCAAACACAGAAGUCUUUCUCAACAUCACAGCAAUCUGUCGUUCUCCCUAACAAUCAUGUAAGUCCCGAUAGCAGAAUCUUUGAUCAUCCGGGCAUGUCAUUUGGACGAAGACCUCGAGUUGUUGCAGUGUUAGCCCCACCCCGUGCAAGUCGCAUACAUAAACCAUUUAACACUCCUAUGAGCCAGCCGCAGUCAUUCCUCUCCCAAUCACCAUCAGAGUUGUCAAGUAUUGCUUUCAAGCUUUUCCAGUCACCAGCAGUGGAUCAGCGGCGUUCAGCAGUUCGUGCGCCUUCAGUAAACCCUCAUCUGUUAAACAAGAAGUUUGCCGUUUCGAGUACAAUCAAUGUGUUGGAAUCUUUAUUAACUCGUCUUAGAUCCAUGCCGCGUUGA